UCAACUCUUCAUGAUAUCCCUUUCAAUUCUCCUCCCAUGGCAGCAACUUCACUACCAUCUCCAGCAACCGAAACCGACCAAGAACACAUCGCCGCUUUGAAGCACUUCAAUGAAAUAAUCCCAACUCUUCCGAAAUCAAAAGGCUGGUGGUUUGAUCAUCUCUCUCGAUACAAAGGCUUCUGGUUAUCAUCACAAUUCGCCAUAAAAGGUCUCAUGUUCAUUCACCAUCACUUCAUCUCUAAACCUGACGAUAUUAUCCUAUCAACUUAUCCAAAAUGUGGCACCACAUGGCUUCGAGCUUUAUUAUUCGCCACCGUUAAUCGAAACGCUUGCGAUUUCUCAAAUCACCCUUUGCUUAAAAGCAAUCCUCAAGAUUUUGUUCCAUUUUUAGAAGCAUAUGUAUUUAUGAAUCCAUCGGUUCUUGAAAACCUCGCUUCGCCAAGAUUGCUCUCGACUCACCUCCCUUUUUCUUUAUUUCCGGAAUCUAUAACCAGCGCUUCUGGUUGCUGCAAGUUUGUUUACAUUUGCCGGAACCCUAAAGAUGUUCUUGUUUCCAAAUGGCACUUUGCUCAGAAGCUAAGGCCUAAAGAACUGCCACCUUUUUCAUUUGAAGAAGCUUUUGAGAUGUUCUGCAAUGGAGUUUCGCAUUACGGGCCGUAUUGGGAUCAUGUGCUGAGUUACUGGCGAGCGAGUUUAGAAGCGCCGGAGAAGGUAUUGUUCUUGAAAUACGAGGAUAUGAAAAAAGAACCGGUGGUGCAUGUUAAGAGAUUGGCUGAGUUUAUAGGGCAGCCAUUUUCAGUGGAGGAGGAAGAUAAUGGGGUUGUGGAAGAAAUAAUAAAGCUGUGUAGCUUUGAGAAGCUGAGCAAUUUGGAAGUGAAUAAAGGAAGUAGAAGAACUAAUGACAUGUUCGUAAUUAAAAACUCUGAUUUUUUCAGGAAAGGUGAAGCUGGAGACUGGAAGAAUCAUUUAACUCCUGAAAUGGCAGCUCGUAUCGAUCAGAUUACGGAGGAGAAACUUCAUGGCUCUGGUCUAACCUUUGCUUGAUCAUCACUGUUUGCUGAUGCAUAUCCAGAUUUUGUUUUUUUGUUU